CCACGGUAAAUGAUCGAUAUUCGAGGAAUUGUCAUGUGAUUAUCGGUUAACUUAAACCGGUCCUGUCAUAUCAAAAUAACGAAUUAAUGAAUACGCAAAUACUACCUUUUAAGAUCAAAUAGUAGGGCGAAAGAGGGAAAGUUUGUCUAUAAAAUGAUUAUUGGAUUGAAGGAUAUUGAUAGUGCCUUCAGAAACUUUGUACUAAUGAACCUGAUAGUGAUCGCUUCAGCCGUUGCCUUAUUGGGCAGGUUGGGAAGCUGUGAAGUAUCAGAUGUGGCGAAAAAAGACAAACGAAGCAUAUUCGAACACGAAAAUAGCUUCGGAGGUGAUUUUGGAGGGCAUAGCGGAGACUUUGGCGGUUUUGACCAUGGUAGUUACGGGAGCUAUGGUGACCACGAAUACCAUCACAAAGAAAAAGUUGUAACUGUAGAGAAGGAAGUUAAAGUGCCUUAUCCAGUAGUGAAGAAGAUACCGUAUCCUGUCUAUAAGGAAGUUAAAUAUCCGGUGCACGUAAAAGUUCCACAACCAUAUCCUGUGGUCAAAGAAAUACCAUAUGAGGUUAAAGUACCCGUCAAAGUGCCGUAUCAUGUACCCAAGCCAUAUCCAGUUAUCAAGGAAGAGAAGGUGCCAGUCCAUGUCCACGUUGACCAACCAUACCCUGUUAAAGUAGUAGUACCACAACCCUACCCUGUUACAAAAUACAUUCAAUAUCCGGUCGAGGUCAAAGUACCUCAACCGUACCCAGUAGAGAAAAAAGUAUAUGUUCCGGUCAAACAAAUAGUGCAUGUACCCAAACCAUACCCAGUUGAAAAAGAGGUGAAGUAUCCUGUUGAAGUACCCUACGACCGACCAGUACCAUACGAAGUAAUCAAACCAUAUCCUGUCAAAGUAGAGAAAAAGGUACCAGUACCAUAUCCUGUAGAAAAACCUUACCCUGUUAAAGUCCUGGUAAAUAGACCAGUACCAUACAAGGUAGAGAAAGAAGUACCAUAUCCUGUGAAAGUACCAGUACCUCAUCCAUACCCCGUUGAAAAAAUUGUUAAGUACCCAGUUUACAAAGAGAAGCCAUAUCCAGUUGAAGUUAAAGUAGAAAAACCAGUGCCGUACAUAGUCGAGAAGAAAGUACCUUACUAUGUUGAGAAAAAAGUACCAGUACCAAUAAAGGAAGAGAUUCACGAGCCCGAAUAUAAACAGGAAUAUCAACAUGAUGACAGCUACUCCGAAAAUUCAGGCUGGUGAAAUGUACAAAGAGAUGAGUCCUUAAAAAAAGGGUAUACACCCUAAUCUUCGGAAUCACUGCAUGUUGGGAAGAUUCAUCAUCCAGUAUUUUCAAUACCAUUGGAAAUUUUUUAUGUAACCGUUGUUAUAUUAUGAUAACAUAAAUGUACAGCUCUAUAUUACCGCCAUAUGGUACCACAAUAAUUAUCCUCCAUGUAUAACAAACAAUUUAUCAUAAUAUUCAUGGGUCUGUAUUAUUGUUGACAAUUAAGAUAAUUAGGUUAAAUUAUUCUUUUAACGAUAAAUAUUGAAUUGUUAAUCUCGGCAGUUUCGAUCUCUUUUGGACUUUCACAUAAUAUUUAGUACAAUUAUCGAUUGGAAAUGUUGCAUAAAUCGAACAACUGAGUCCGAAUGUUCAUUUCAUUUCAAUAUUAAUAAAAUUAAUAAUGAAGUAAAUGCAGAAACGUGUCUAUAGAAAGUGGAUGAAAUAAUGAAAUAUUAAUUCAAGUUAUCAAUCUUGCCUCCUGUACUACUAACUAACAUCAUACACUUUUAGAAAUCAUUUCUCGAUUUUAAAUUAAAGCAUACAAAACCAAACUUGGGUGCAAGUGUGUACUGUUUCACUUGAUAGAUAAAUUAUAAGCUUUUUCUGUACCUACUCUCACUUCCAUAAAUAAAACCAUGUAUUUUACAUCCCAAUUAUUUCACUUAAGACAUUGCACCUCGAAGAAUUUAGAGUACAUAAAGAAAUAAUGUUUUUUUUUUGAAGAAAAAGUUUUAAAAAUAAUAAUAAGUACCAUUAUUUGAAGUUCUGUUGAUUUAUUAAUGAA